UUGGUGAACUCAAAAAUGGACUUAAAGAAAGGACUGAUCUUUGUGAUUUGCAGUAGCACCAUCACGGCAGGGAUUUUUCUUGUGAUUGGUCUUACACCAGUGGGAUGUAUCAUCCAAUUGAUAUUUCAUAUUACUGACCGGGAACUUGCUGAAGUUCAGUUUGGGUUGGUAUCCCUCUGUCUUCUCUCGAUGAUCUUAAAUAUUGCAUCUGCAAUCCAUGGAUUAUUAUUAAAGAAAAAACAUACCUAUUUUUGUGUCUUUACUGAGUUAUUGAAGUUCAUCUCAAAAAUGGGAAUGCUAUUUUCUCUCAUGGCUACCCCCCUUAUAAGUAGACCUAUUUUGAUACCAAUAAUAUCAGCAUAUGUAGCAGCAUUGGUUUAUCUUUUAUUUAGCUAUAAAGGAUAUAGAAUGUAUUUGAUCAACGAUCUUCCUGAUGAAAGUACAAAGAAACUGACGUACCAUCAAAUAAUUAAACUAACAAUACCACUAGGCCUGCAAGAGUUCAUCGAAAAAUGUGAAACUUUUAUCCUCAGCUUUGUAGUAGCACAACUGGUGCCAUCUGGACACGCAUUUGGAUCUAUGCGAAGCGUAAAGCUGGCAAACAUCCAUGUUCUUUAUACAUCA